CCGCAAGAUCUAAAUGAGAUCGACUAUUGCUCCAAGAUGCAAUCUAUCCAUCGUUCUCAAAACGACUGAAGACCACAUCCUCGGAGUCACGACGACUGGUGAAGUCGAUAUCUUGGUCGACGAUGAGCAUGUCUACCACCGAGAACAGGAGAUGGAUCUGUUCUUUGAAAGCUACGUCUUCCACAAAACCACCCUGACCCGCUACAUAACCCACCACAUGAUAGCUAACCACCCAUACCGCAUCACUUUCCUAACCAAAGGCGCCACCGACGCCGCUCGCCCGCCCCCGCUCCUCCCAACUCGGCUCCAUGACCUUCCUCCCAGGUUCCUCCAUCCGCUUCUACGAAGCCUACUCCCUCCCCACCCGCCUCUCCAACGCUGCCACCUCGAAUCUUCCUCCGACCUCGCCCUCGUCUUCGUCGGCAAAACCGACGAGUUCGAGAGCGAGGGCUACGACCAGGACUCCAUGGACCUACCCUGCGACAAGGUCUCUCUCAUCAACGCCGUGGCUGCCGCAAACCCGACCACCGUGGUGAUCAAUUUCUCGGGCUCGCCGGUCGCGAUGCCGUUCGCGAAGCUGGAGGGGGUCAAGGGGGUGCUUCAGUGCUUCUACCCCGGGCAGGAGGCCGGGAAUGUGAUCGCAGCGGUUGUUACGGGGCGGAUCACGCCGUGUGGGAAGCUGGCGAGUAGUUGGCCGGUGCGGAUCGAGGAUUAUCCGUCGUUUGGGAAUUUUCCGUGUCCGGAGGAUGGUGUAUUGAGGUAUGAGGAGGGGAGGGAUGUGAGACUGAGCUAUACGAGUUUCGAGUAUGCUAAGAUUGGGUGGGAGGGAGGAGCGGAGAUGAAGGUGGUAGGGGAUAAGUUGAAGCUGGUGGUGAGUGUGAGGAAUAUUGGGAAGGUUGUUGGGAAGGAGAUAGUGCAGGUUUAUGUCGCGCCGCCGGGGCAUCAGGUCGGGCAGGGGAAGAGGCCGAUAAAGGAAUUGAAGGGGUUCGCGAAGGUCGAGGGGAGGCCGGGUGAGGUCGGGAUAGUGACAAUUGAGCUGGACAAGUAUGCUUGCCAGCUUUUGGGAUGAGGACAGAAACACGUGGGUCACAGAAGCGGGGACGUACCGCGCGGUCGUAGCGAAGAGCUCGGAGGAGAUUGUUAUGGAGGUAUAGUUUUCUGUGAAGGAAGAAUUUGUAUGGCAGGCAGUGUGAUUUGAGCUCCAGGGGUUAAGGUUGGCCAUGUUUGUGGUCCCUACUUGAGGUGCUCUGGCAUGGUAUCGUGUCAUUCAUGAGCGUUCGAAAGUACAGUAUCGAGACUCAAACUUUUCGUUCACUU